CAGAAAUGAACGUGUGCGUGUGCAUUAUCAUGUGAUCAGCACGGCACCAUCCGUUCGUUCAGAACACGCGGAUCCGUCACCAGAACCACAGAGAGGGAGGGGGCACCCGUAGCUGCCUGGCUGUUUGCCGCCCCUUCACCACGUGCGUGCGUGCGUGUGUUGGGGUUUCACGGUAUGUCAUCAGCAAACAGCGGUCAGACAUGCCACCGGUGCCUUCCUCUCCCUCUCGUUGUGUCUUUCUUGUCAUGUGUCUGUCCAUAUGUACGUAUGCACACGAGUCCCCACUUCCCCACCCACUCAGUCACCCACCACACGUACAGUCGUGGUGGUACCUAUUCACAGUCUGUCUAUCUGUCUGUCUGUAUUGCCGUUGUGUCUUUCUUCUCUCGAUGUGUCUCUUCGUCUGUAUCUGUGUUCGUGUCUGUCUGCCUGUUCUGUCUGUCACUGCCCUUUGCCGCCUGGCUUUCUGCCCUUGUCGGAUUCCCGGCUGGAUCCACUCCGGAGGAACUCCUGCAAAGAUAGCCGUCGGCCCCUCAUGCCGCGGGAGCGUGCCACCCUUCGCGCCACCCUUCGCGCUUCCUGCUCCCCAUCGCCGUCCUGCGCCCCGUCCUGCCCCUCGCCGGCCACCGUUCCUCCACCCUCCUUGAGCUCUCCUCCCCAACCGUCUGCACCACACAAGGACAAGGCCCAUCAUAUACUCAUCCAUCCACCAAUGUGCCUCCCUGCCUCUGUCCCUACCAUCCCCCUCCCCCUCUGAUGGCUUGCGUUGCACUACUGAGAAGUCGAAGACGUCAGACUCCCUGCCCAGCGCCACACUGCCCAGUUGAGUUGUCAUGGGGAGGCCGUCCUUGAAGGCACCGCUCACACAAACAGGCGACUCGGUCGUCUGGACACUCAUGUGCACUGCAGACAAUCAGACAGAAAUCACAUGGGAUUUGACCAGCGGAGCUGCCUGUCUGUCAGCCUGACCGAUGUCGUCCGCAUCGAAAAUGGAAAUCCAUGCGACGAAGCUGUGGCUGCCGUCGGUGAGCACCAGCUCCCGCGCAUUACCGUCCCGGCUGAGUGUGGUGGAGCACCCGGCCACCGGUGUGUGGGGCGACUGGGUGAAGAGGCUAUCCAGACGGCCGCCACCAACAUGCCUGAACCAACAACAAGAACACACACACACACACACACACACACAAAAUCAAACACGCACCCCUCUCGCCACUGGUGCCAUCGGUGUGUUACCUGUUGAGGUGAUUCGAUGUGGCAUAGGUCUGGUGAGUUCCGACGAAGUGGUCAAGGAUCACACGCUUGGCAAACGACGACAGCGACGCAUCGGUGUCCAGGAUAUCGUUCGGCCGCCAUUCGCCGGCGGUGGAGUAGUGGAUGCCCUCACACACAGGGGGGUCGUGUGGCUGUCGGUGCUGCUGGUACAGGUGGCCGGCAGGGAGGCGCGGGUCGACCUCCAGCUCGAAGCCGGGCUGGUCGACGAUGGCCCGCACCUGAUUGUCGCCGUGUUGGAAGAGCUGGAGGCACCUGUCGUCACUGAAGUGGAUGUGGCAGCCGACCAUCUUGAGCUGCGACAACACUCGGGGAGCCGACACAUACGCCUACACACAGGACCACACACACCACACACAGACACGAAAUGAGGCCCUCUCCCUCCCCUCCCCGCCCCUCUGUUUGCUGGCUCACCGUUUUGUGUGUGUGUGUGUUGAUGUCAUCGGAUGUGAGGAUGACAGGCAGCUCACAUUUGCCGCACUGCCCCGCCAGCUCAAUCACCUCGCCGAUCUCCACCCAUUCUCCCUCCUCCAUCACACACACAGCCGCCAGCAGAUCACACACGCCGAACUGGUCAUCGUCGAACCGCACCAGCUGCACUUGCUGCCCGUUGACCACCCGCCGCAGCCCCGCCUGUGAGCCGACAGAGUGGCGAGGCGGUCUCUCAGCUGGGCCGCUCCGAACAGCUCACUGAGCCACGUGCAGGUGGCCCUCAGCUGGAGUGUGUCUGUGAGGCUGAGCAGAUAGAACGCCCGACGCCCAACGAAGAUGUACGUGAAGGGAUGUUGCCGCUGCUGCUGUUGCUGUUGCUGUUGCUGCUGCCAUCAUCCCGGGCGCCACGCGGCGCCACCUUCCGGCGCCACCAAC